CCAGAGAGAGAGCCCCAGCCAGGACUGUCAUGUUAUAAAGUGGUUUUCUUAACCUCCUGUCACAGCAGGGUUAAACAGACGCAGAAAGCCGGUUGGUUUCCUUUGUUUUUUAUAAUUUUAGAUGUUGGUAGCUGUAUUGCCUGGGGCAGUACUGGGAGCAUAAGGUGCCUUUUGUUAAGGUGUUGUUUUUUAAAAAGUCCAGGAGCAAUCAGGAAACGCAAUAACGGGUCGUAAACUUGUUUCAAAAAAGCCACAGAGUUAAAAGGACGCCAUUAAGGAAUUACAGUUAUCCCAUCAUUUCUGAGACCCAGAGGGGGGGAGGAUUCGUUUUUCCUGAGCAAUGAAGACAUUUUUUCGUCUGUUAUAAGGCUAUCCAGAACUACCAGCCUAACUAGUCCUGCCUGCAGCUCCUCGUCCUGGGAAGAUUGUAAGGUUCCUGACGAUACUGAUCACUGCGCUGCCCCACAGAAUUUGAAAAGCCCUAACCGAAGUCAGACACGAUGGCUGAAACACAUUUAAUUAAUGGUGACGGACAGACGGAUCUCUGGGCAUCUCACAACAAGAUGGUGCUGGAGCCUCUUGAAACAAACGAUCCAGAGGUGUAUGAAAUUAUCCGUAAGGAGAAGCAUCGCCAGACAUACGGCCUUGAACUCAUUGCAUCUGAGAAUUUCGCCAGCUGUGCCGUUCUACAGGCUUUGGGCUCCUGUAUGAACAAUAAAUACUCAGAGGGUUACCCGGGGCAAAGGUACUAUGGAGGUACAGAGUGUGUCGAUGAGCUGGAAAGGCUAUGUCAAAAGAGAGCCCUGGAGGUGUAUGGCUUAGACCCACAGAAAUGGGGUGUCAACGUGCAGCCAUAUUCUGGUUCCCCUGCCAAUUUUGCUGUGUACACGGCCCUUGUGGAGCCCCAUGGGAGGAUCAUGGGAUUGGACCUGCCAGAUGGAGGACAUCUGACCCAUGGCUUCAUGACCGAGAAGAAGAAAAUCUCUGCCACGUCCAUCUUCUUUGAGUCCAUGCCAUACAAGGUGAAGCCCGAUACAGGUUACAUAGACUACGACAGGCUAGCUGAAAACGCUCGCUUAUUCCAUCCCAAGCUGAUCAUUGCUGGGGUCAGCUGCUACUCGCGAAACCUAGACUACGCUCGAAUGCGGGCCAUUGCAGAUGAGAACAGCACAGUCCUCAUGGCUGACAUGGCGCAUAUUAGUGGGCUGGUGGCUGCUGGUGUGGUUCCCUCUCCUUUUGAACACUGCGAUAUCGUAUCCACGACAACUCACAAAACGCUACGAGGCUGCCGGGCAGGGAUGAUCUUUUACCGUAAAGGUGUUCGUAGCGCGGACCCAAAGACCGGGAAGGAGAUCAUGUAUAACUAUGAGAGUCUGAUCAACCAAGCCGUCUUCCCUGGACUUCAGGGGGGCCCCCAUAAUCACGCUAUCGCAGGAGUGGCAGUAACUUUAAAGCAAGCUUUUACUCCAGAGUUUAAACUCUACCAGAAACAGGUUCUUGCCAACUGCCAGGCGCUGGCGGCUGCCCUGGAGGAGCUUGGAUACCACAUCGUUACUGGGGGCUCUGAUAACCACCUCAUUCUGGUCGAUCUUCGGAACAAGAAAACGGACGGUGGGAGAGCAGAGAAAGUGCUUGAAGCGUGCGCCAUUGCCUGCAACAAGAAUACCUGCCCAGGGGACAAGAGUGCUCUACGGCCUAGUGGCCUCCGGUUUGGAAGCCCAGCCCUCACGUCUCGUGGAUUUCGAGAAGCAGACUUCAAGAAAGUGGCGCACUUUAUUCAUAGAGGCAUUGAGCUGACGCUGGACAUUCAAAAUGAUCAAAAUCCAAAAGCCACUCUUAAGGAAUUUAAGGAGAAACUUGCUACAGAUGACAAGUACAGGGAGAAAAUCUCUUCCCUCAAGGAAGAGGUGGAGAAGUUUUCAGGUUUAUUUCCUAUUCCUGGACUUCCUGAUCUUUAAAUCGGCUUUAUUUUAAUUUGUAUUUGUGCUGACUGACAGAUAUUUCCAACUGUUUUGACUCAAAAUCUGAGCUGUCCUUUCUAUCAAGUUAUUUUGUUAACUGUAUGUCUCUGCUUUUUUGGUCUCGCUACUGUGAAUACUGACUUGAUAUUUAGAAAAUAUUCUGCUGCUAAGAUAACUGGCCAAAAAAGUGAAACUGACUACAUUGUAAGAGGCUGCCUCAAUCUCUCCUCUAAAGCAUGAAUGUUUCCACUUUUCUAUAAGCUGAUGUGUAAUUUUAA